UCAUUCCCCUCGUCCAUUUUCCUCACUCCACUUCUGUUCUUGAAAAAAAAACUUCUUUUUUUAAUUUCAGCAAUUACCAUGCCUUCUUCUUUAGCUAAUCUGGUUUCCAACUGCAUGAUUUUCCCAGACAAGAAACCUCAUGUCGAAACAUUGAAGCUCUCGGUUUCGGAUAUCCCCAUGCUGUCUUGUCAUUACAUUCAAAAGGGUGUUUUGCUGACGGCUCCUCCUUUCUCCUUCGACGACCUUGUGGUUUUUCUUCAGCAAUCUCUUUCUACUACUCUCUCUUACUUCCCUCCUUUGGCCGGUCGGCUGAUAACCGAGCCCGAAGGCCACGUGCACAUCGACUGCAAUGACGCCGGCAUUGAUUUUCUCGUGGUGAAAUCCCCUACGCUUUCCGUCAGCGACAUUUUGUGCCCCGGUGAUGUUCCCGAUUGCGUCAAGGAGUUCUUCACUUUUGACAAGACGCUUAGUUACUCCGGUCACUUCAAGCCGUUAGCUGCGGUUCAGGUGACGGAGUUGGUCGAUGGGGUUUUUAUUGGGUGCUCGGUGAACCACGCCGUGACCGAUGGGACUUCGUUCUGGCACUUUUUCAACACCUUCGCUGAGAUCACUAAAGGAGCUUCGAAAAUAUCGAAGACCCCCGAUUUCUGUCGUGAAACAGUAUUUAAUUCUCAAGCUGUGCUUAAAUUCCCUCCCGGAGGACCCACCGUUACUUUCUCCGGCGACGAACCAUUAAGGGAGAGGAUCUUUCAUUUCAGCAGAGAAGCGAUUUUAAAGCUUAAAUACAGAGCUAACUGCGGUUGUUUGUUAACGAAACAAACAAAUUCAGAAGUUUUAGGGAAGCUCAGCAAUGACAACUGGAAAUCCGCUAGCAGUAAUACCGAGAUUUCAUCUUUCCAAUCUCUUUGCGCUCAGCUUUGGAGGUCGGUGACACGAGCGAGGAAACUGGAGCCGAUCAAAACGACAACGUUUAGGAUGGCAGUGAAUUGCCGGCACAGGUUGGACCCAAAGCUCAAUCCGUACUACUUCGGGAACGCGAUUCAGAGUAUUCCGAAUUAUGCUCCGGCGGGUGAAUUGUUGGCUAAGGACUUGAGCUGGAGCGCCAAUCUGCUUCACAAAAGCGUGGUGGCGCACGAUAACGAAACCGUACGUCACGGUGUGGAGGAUUGGGAACGGCAGCCGAGGUUGUUUCCGUUGGGAAACGCAGACGGAGGUUCGAUCACCAUGGGAAGUUCGCCUCGGUUUCCGAUGUUUAACAAUGAUUUCGGAUGGUGCAAACCUUUGGCGGUGAGGAGUGGUAGGGCCAACAAGUUUGAUGGGAAGAUCUCAGCUUUUCCCGGGAGGGAAGAAAAUGGAAGCGUUGACUUGGAGGUGGUAUUGGCGCCGGAAACAAUGGCGGGUCUCGAGAACGACGCCGAGAUUAUGCAGUACGUAUCAGAGAUGGAGUUAGUGAACUGAGUUUACACUUUUGUCUGUGAUGCAACUCACGAAGGA